AUGGUCAACAAAGUACCCGAAUGGCUCGCUACUGUCACCCAAGUCGAAUUCGUUAUUGACGAGAAAGCUUUCAUAACUAUCGCUAGUCAUGCUUUGGACUUCGAAGAUACCUUCCUUUCUCGCCACCCCUCUUCUGGACAAAUUACCGAUGCCAAAAUUGUGGCUAGGAUCAAGCUUGGAAAAGUUGUCGGACGAGGCUCUUUAUGGGAUGUUUAUCAAGCCAAGAUGUACCUGGUCACUCCUGCAAACUCCGACAAAGAUUCCAUCAACGUAAUGGUCAAAUACACCGCCUGCAUGGAUUUCGAUGGUGACCGAUACUUUGGGGGUGAUACUGUCAACAUUCUAGAUAGGAAGUCGGCUUUAGAAGCAGUGAAGAAUGACCAUGAUUUCUAUACCAAGCAUUUGUUGGAAUUUCAAGGGGAGAUGAUUCCAAAGCAUUACGGGACGUUCAUAAAGCCGGAAACAUUGGUUUGUUGCAUGAUCCUGGAGGAUGUAGGAAAACCUAUCGGAAAUACAACAUUUCUAGGAUUUAUUGAUCCUCAGGAUAAGUGA